AUGAAUUUAUUGAACAUUGCUAAACAUCUUCUCUAUUUGGCUCAAACUGAAUAUGGAUCUGGAAAUUUUGCAACAACUAUCGAUGAAAUUUUUGUUGCAGAACGAUUAUUCGAAGUUCUAAAGUCAUUUAAAGACAGCUACUUCAGUGAGCUGUACACUUAUGAUACUCUCGAAUUUGACGAUGAAUAUGAAGAAAUGACUGAUACAGAAGAAAACGAUGGUGACAUGGAUAAUUACAAUGAGAAUGAACAUUCUAGCAUACAAAAUCAGUUUACAUUAGAAGAAAUGGAAAAUAUAAUCGAAUGGGUUGACCAACAUCCAAAUGCCAGGCAAGCAAAUCGUUUAUCAAUAAUUUUAAAAGGAAAAACAGAAUAUCAUCAAGAAGACAUAAUAAAAUUAUUACUCGAACUAAAUCAAACAGAAACGUCUGCAGCUUAA